GCGUGAGGAGCCCGCUCGAGACGAUGCCGCCGUGGAGACAGCUGAGGAAGCAAAGGAGCCCGCUGAAGCUGACAUCACCGAGCUCUGCCGGGACAUGUUCUCCAAAAUGGCCACUUACCUGACUGGGGAACUGACGGCCACCAGUGAAGACUAUAAGCUCCUGGAAAAUAUGAAUAAACUCACCAGCUUGAAGUAUCUUGAAAUGAAAGAUAUUGCUAUAAACAUUAGUAGGAACUUAAAGGACUUAAACCAGAAGUAUGCUGGACUACAGCCUUACCUGGAUCAGAUCAACGUCAUUGAAGAGCAGGUAGCAGCUCUUGAGCAGGCAGCUUACAAGUUGGAUGCAUAUUCAAAAAAACUGGAAGCCAAAUACAAGAAGCUGGAGAAGCGAUGAGAAACCUGUUUUUAUGGGAUAGAGUCUUUUUUUUUUUUUUUUUUUAACAUGGAAGAAUGUUUUAUAAAACCCGAAUCCUGAGGCUGAUGAAUUGUGAAAACUCCUCAAAAGGAAACUAAGCUGGUCAUCCCAGGAACAUCUCAAUGUUGGAGUAAACUGGAGGACUGUGGCUAUUCGUGAACCUUCUUUGAGGCAGUAUCCCUCAGAACCUCACACUUAAAACUUCUUACCUUUUACUUGAAUGCUUUGCCGUAUUCAGGACAGAGACUCUCUCAAAGUUUAGAAUACAGCUGGGCUUGCCAGUAAAAUCAAAUGAGAGGACCUAUUUUCUCUGGUAGUGGAUGAAUACUACAUUAUUUUCUUAAGUGGCUGGUUUUUUAGUUACUAUGUAAAUGGUUGUUUUUUUUCUGUUAAUGAUGCUAAUGUGUUAUAAACAAGAUUCUAAAUUUAAAAAGGAAAAGAAA